AUGUCUUCUACGACUUAUCUCAUCACCGGCGCAAACCGAGGCCUGGGCCGCGGGCUCCUUGAAGCACUCAUCCAACGCCCAAACACAACCGUGAUAGCAGGCGUCCGGGACCCCUCCAACGAGUCCUCCAAAUCCCUGGAAUCAUUGAAAACCGCUUCGGGGAGCAAAGUCAUCACCGUAAAAAUAGACUACAACUCCCUGUCCACAGUCAAUGAAGCCAUCCAGGAACUCCAAUCCAAACACAACAUCACAUCCCUAGACUUCGUUAUCGCCAACGCCGGAAUCUCAAACUGCUAUGCCACCGCCGAAGCCACCCCCCUAGACCAAAUCCGCGAGCACUAUGAAAUCAACGCCGUUGCUACUGUCGCACUUUACCAAGCUACCAUUGCACUGCUCAAGAAAUCCCCAAAACCGGUAUUCGUGGGUAUGUCGUCGGCGAUUGCUAGUAUUGGCGAUAUGGAGAAGGUCCCUGCUAUCACCACCGCGUAUGGUAUGAGCAAGGCUGCACUGAACUACCUGGUUCGCAAGAUCCACUUCGAGAAUCCGGAGUUGGUGGCUUUUGCGAUUAGUCCUGGAUGGGUCCAGACUGAUAUGGGAACUUUUGGGGCGAAGUCCCAUGGAAUGGAAGACGCACCUGUUACUUUAGAGCAGAGUGUUGAAGGCAUGCUUAAAAAGUUUGAUGGGGCUACGAGGGAGAAAACUAGCGGUACCUUUCAAUCAUAUGACGAGGCGACUUUCGCGUGGUAG